AUGAAACCGUUUAAGGAGAGAAUGAAAAAACAAGCCCCCAAAGUUAUUCAGCAGAGUGAUUAUUUAAAAGAAUUCUUGCUGAAGAUCCAAAAUGAAGGAUUGCAUGCGGCCUAUUUAAAAUACUGCGACCGUCAACCUCGCCCACUAUCUCCAACAGUAGGUGCAUACCCAGGACAAUUUUCUAAAGAAGAGGAUGUUGAAUAUGACGUGAUUAUUGUUGGAGCUGGUAUGGCUGGUCUUGCCGCAGCGUAUGAGCUGAAGAGAGCUAGGUUAAAAGUGAAAAUCCUGGAGCAGACUGGUCGUUAUGGUGGAAGAGUUUUCACUUAUGGGGAAGAUGCAGGCCUUGCACCUGGUCUAUAUGGCGAAGCCGGAGCGAUGAGAUUACCCGGUGGUGUGGAUGAACCUAACAAUAGAGCGCAUUUUCUAACGGAUGGAUAUAUCUCUGACUUUCAACUACCCAUCAAAAAGUUUCCAAAUUUUGAUAAAAAAGGCAUUUCCAAUAUUUACGGAUUCAAGGAAUUAACGUCGAACUGGAAACAAAGUUAUUUCCUUACAGUUUGGCCAAAGUGGAGGCAAGGAAUUAAUUCAGAAAGCGUCAAUGUUAAAGAUAUUGACGAUUAUUACACCAAAACAACCGGCGUUGUCACGGAUCAAUUGAUUGCCUGGUUGAAUAAAACAACCAAGCCUGAGGAGGAAAUCGUUGUUUGGGGUCGCUGGAUUGAUAUUUGGAGCCAAUUUACGUUGCAAAGCUUUCUGGAGAGCAAUGUUAAUGUUAUUACCGCAAAAUUGAGAACCGAAGACCAAGAUUUGUUAGACCUUGACAUGCUUCGAAACCUUUUGCCUUGGUCUAACGAUGCAAUUCGUGGCUUCACGGUGUUUUCUUACACACCGCAACUGGAUCAAUCAUUGGCUCAGCAUCUCCGUGAUGAUCUGGGAAACUGGUGGUCACAUGAUAUGCAUACCUUGGUUGGUGGUAUGCACAGCUUACCUGAAGCAUUCUUCAGUCAAAAUCGAACGACGCCAUUGGUUUCUGAUGAUUUAAGUUAUAACCAACAAGUUCACAAGAUAGAGUAUCAUUACAAUGAUGAGCCUACCAAGGAUUAUGUCAAAGUAACCUGCUACGCAACUGGAAAUGAAUUAGAAGAACCUGCAUACACUGCACGGGCUGUAAUCCUCACCACUCAAGUCAACAUAUUGCGGCAGAUUACGUUUGAGCCAAUUAAACCAGCUCAGGAAGACAGGGAGGCCCUCAGAAAGAAUCUUCAAGCCAUUGAAGACAUGUUCACAGGACCUUCCACAAAGAUUAUCCUGCAAACCAAGACCAGAUUCUGGGAAGACGAGAAGUACGGCAUCCAUGGUGGCUUUUCUAAGACCAACCUACCCAUCGGUCAAAUACAUUACGUGAAGCCGGAUCCUGACUAUCUCGCGUCCACCCAGCAAGGAAUAAUUUUGAUCUACACCUGGAAGAAUGAAGCCCUGAUUUUUGGUUCCUUGACCAAAGAGCAGGCUAAGAAGGAGGCCAUUGAGCAAGUUGGAGAAAUUCACCCUGAGAUCACAGAAGAAGGGGCAGUUGAAAAAUGUAUUGUCCAUGCUUGGUACAACCAACCCUCUUAUCAAGGUGCCUAUAGUCUUUUGAAGCCCACUCAAUUCAACAAUGUCAGAUAUUUGUGGGAACCAAUGGGAAAUGUCCAUUUUGCUGGCGAAAACAUAUCACUUACGGCUUGCUGGAUUCAAGGAGCUUUGGAAAGUGGCUUUAAAUCAGCCUAUCAAGUUUAUUUACGUCACAUGAAGUUCAUUAAUACUGAUAACAUUUAA